AUGCCUUCCCGAGUGGAGGACUACGAGGUGCUCUUCACCAUUGGUACCGGUUCUUACGGUCGCUGCCAAAAGAUACGGCGGAAAAGCGAUGGCAAGGUAUUAGUUUGGAAAGAACUUGACUAUGGCUCUAUGACAGAAGCUGAGAAACAAAUGCUUGUUUCUGAAGUGAAUUUACUCCGUGAACUAAAACAUCCAAAUAUUGUCCGAUACUAUGAUCGUAUUAUCGAUAGAUCCAAUACAACACUCUAUAUUGUAAUGGAAUAUUGUGAAGGAGGGGAUCUGGCUAGUGUUAUAACAAAAUGCACCAAAGAAAGACAUUAUUCAGAUGAAGAUUUUGUUCUCCGUGUAAUGACUCAGCUGACCUUGGCCCUAAAGGAAUGCCAUAGACGAAGUGAUGGUGGCCAUACUGUGUUGCAUCGUGACCUGAAGCCUGCUAAUGUUUUCCUGGAUGGCAAGCAAAAUGUCAAACUUGGAGACUUUGGGCUGGCUAGGAUAUUAAACCAUGAUACAAGUUUUGCAAAAACAUUUGUUGGCACACCAUAUUACAUGUCUCCCGAACAAAUGAAUCGCUUGUCCUAUAAUGAAAAGUCUGAUAUCUGGUCAUUAGGCUGUUUGCUCUAUGAAUUGUGUGCUUUAAUGCCUCCUUUUACAGCUUUUAGUCAAAAAGAAUUAGCUGAAAAGAUCAGAGAAGGAAAAUUCCGGCGAAUUCCUUAUCGUUACUCAGAUGAGUUGAAUGACAUUAUUACCAAGAUGCUAAAUUUGAAGGAUUACUGUCGACCAUCUGUUGAAGAAAUUCUGGAAAACUCUCUAAUAGCAGAUUUGGUAGCUGAAGAGCAAAGAAAAAAUCCUGAGAGGAGAGGGCGACGAUCUGGAGAGCCAGAAAAGCUGCAGAAUUCAGGCCCUGCAAUGACUGAGCUGAAACUGAAGGAACUACAACUGCAGGAAAGAGAGAAAGCCAUCAAAGCAAGAGAAGAAAGGCUAGAACAGAAAGAACGUGAACUUUGUAUUCGGGAGAGACUUGCAGAAGACAAACUUAUCAGAGCUGAAAAUUUAUUGAAAAAUUAUAACCUAUUAAAGGAACAGAAGAUCUUGGCAUUGGCAAAUAGCUCAGAACCACUUGAUUUCCCCUCAUCUCUAACCAAGAAGAAAGUUCACUUCAGUGGGGAAAGUAAAGAGAAUGUCCUGAGUGGCGAGAACUCUGAGAAUUAUCCCAUCAGCAAGUCCAAAGGCUGUGACUUGAAGAAGAGACUUUAUGCUGCUCAACUGCGCGUUCAAGCCCUGUCAGAGCUGGAGAAAAACUACCAGCUGAAGAGCAGACAGAUUCUGGGCAUGCGCUGA